GGACCUUCCAAAGUUUCUGUCAUCGUCCCACCAAUAUUAGUCGUCCACGACUGUCUACAACUGAUCAUUUCCUGGCAGUGGAAUAUUCUAAUACUCAUCAUCUGUAGGUUUGAAGGAUAAACACCAGAUGUUCACAUGGAUCGCCCGGUGACCUCCAAGCCACGGGGAAUCUGUCGAUACUACAAAACCCCCAGGGGCUGCUACGCUGGUGAUGAUUGCAAGUUCCUUCACGGUGCUGAAGAAAAGCUUACCCCGUACGACAAAUCCAAGGUGUGCAGAUACUACAUUCAAGGACACUGCACUCGGGGUACUCGGUGUUGGUUUCGUCAUGAACUUGUGAAGGACCCUGUUGAUGAGGAGCUAAAGCACUUGGAUGAAAAUAUGUGUAACAUAUGCAUGGAGAAACCUCAAACAUACGGUCUUCUAAUUGGCUGCGGCCAUGUAUUCUGUCUUCAGUGUAUUCGCCAGUGGCGAGAGCCACAAGGAAAGUCGCCGGACAUGGUGAUGUCAGGAGUGAUAAAACGUUGUCCUUACUGCCGCAGUCCAUCGCGUUUCAUUACACCUUCCACGCAUUUCUUCCCUCAUGAUCACCCACGCAAGCAGGAGAUAAUAGAUAGUUACAAGAAUAGCAUGGCUCGCGUUCCAUGCAAAUAUUUCGUCGAAACAUCAGCUUCUGGCAAGCCCUGUUGUCCAUUUGGUCUCGAUUGCUUCUACCAACAUCUCAAUCCUGAUGGUACACCACACGUUUUCCAAUAUGGAGCAAAUCACUUCAUGAAGGAGACAACAACGGCAGCGUGGCCAUACGCUGUUCGGGUCUGCUUCAGAAGCAGAUCUCGCAGAUCGCCUUAGGCUUCUACAGAGCAUCCUCGGAGACCCAACGAAUAAUCUACAUGUCACCCUCAGCUUCGUCCGACAACAUCUUCCAGCAUUAUUGAAUGGCAUGGAUGCGGAGUCUGGUGCAGCCACAGAUACUCUAAUGGAUGAUGACGACGAAGACCGUCAGUCCUUCGAAUUACUGCUUUGAUUCUACCAUAGGCGGAGAGUAUAGCUACAGAGCAGUCACUAGAAACU